UCAGAGGAGGAAAUCAAAUAUCGUUCUGGUUCUUGGUAUUCCAUAAAGUGAAUUAGUGGUGUCCAAAUGCUGCAUUGAAUUCAGGCACUUGGGCUUUUAAUACAUUUUUAAGUGCUAUUAAGAGUAAGUUUGUGGGACUUCUGUUUUUUCGAGUUUGUUUGUUUCCCCUGUCCCCUUUCUUCCCCUAAGAGUGGGCUUCAGAUCAUCACUGACUUGUAGACUUUGCUUAAGCUAAACAACUGCUAAUCUCAGAUUUGGGACCAGACCUGUGUUAUUCUGGAUCCUGUUAGUGAACCAAAGCAUUUCUAACUGAAUGUGGAGGAAGUUAGCUGAGUUCUGGUAGUUCUGUGAGCACAGAGGGUGAAGUAGAGUCCUGGGGCCAACUCAAUUGCUCUUCUGUCAGAAUGCUGCUACGUUAGCUGCAACAGAAAUCAGUCCACAACUAUUUUGUUAAAAUUAGCAUGAUAAUCUUCAUUUCCACCCUAAAUAUCAAAAUCCCAUAAUAAAGCUAUGACAUCCCACCUUUUUAGGGGGGAGGGCAGGGGGAGAGGUGCAUUGUAUCCCAUAUUGCUGUUCUUCCCUACCAGAGGCCAAUUGUGUGAAGUGCCUCUGAAAGGAUAUCCUUGCACAGAAUGAGUUUUGAUGGUGUGACUCAGACUGUCAAUAUUACCUCCAUUCAGUGAUACCAUCUGUCCAUAUGCUGAUUAUUGAACAAAGGAAGUGUUAAAGGAACUUAAUCUUUCAAAUUAUGAUUUGUAGGUUUACUUCUUCCCUCAAUCAGAAAACAUUGAAUAGGUGACAAGUUCCUGUCUGGUCCCGCCAAUGUCUACAUGGAGUUUGGAUCUGCGGUGUUUUUCAGCACUGGUUUGCUGAAUUGCACUGUUUCAGGUCUGUAGACUGGCAGUAUUUAUUAAUGUGGCUUCAUGAACAGUCUUAGAGUAGCCUUGCAAAUGCAGCAUAUCUGGAAAUAGUUUGUUCGCCUUUCCCAUCUGUAUGUGCAUAAACUCCUCUGUUCAGACCUUGUGCUGAGACGCGCAGUUACAGAAUCUUGAUUUUUUUUGUUGUUGUUGUUGUUGUUAACUUCCUCCUAUUUUCCCCAGCCUUACACUUUAUAGCAGCAUGUUCAGUACAUAAUGCCAAAAUAACACUUCAUUAUUCUGUGGUAAGUGUGAAGUAGCAUUGCAUUAAACUGUUGUGGAAUGUGUGUGUGUGUUCAGUAAUUUCAGUAAUCAUGUUAAAAAUUAUCUCCCUGCAUGUAAGAAAGCAAACAAACAAACAAAAAAAGAAACACCAAAGAGACAAAAAAAGGUCUCCUAAAAAAAAAAAAAAAAACGAAAAAACAAAAGCCACCAAAACCCCAUAACUUGAAGGAUGAUGAGCAGGAGGCGGACCGACUUCUUACAUGGUCUAAUAGCAAUUGGACAAGGGGAAAUGGCUUUAAACUAAAAGAGGGGAAAUUUAGGUCAGCUGUUAGGAAAAAAUUCCAUACGCAGGGGGUGGUAAGGCCCUGGCACUGCUGCCCAGAGAAGCUGUGCGUACCCCAUCCCUGCAGGUGCCCAAGGCCAGGUUGGAUGGGCCCUGAGCAGCUUGAGCUGGUGACCAGCCCAUGGCAAGGGAGUUGGAACAAGGAGACCUUUAAGGUCCCUUCCAACCCAAGCCAUUCUAUGAACUUGUAAAACGGAAGGCAGAAGAACAUCUUAAGUUUUCUUUACAUCCAGAGUACAUAUAAACAGAGUCCUUGUUUAAAAUAAGGAAAGGGUUGAAUCAUGUUUGUCCUGUUGAGUAGCAGAUGGUCAAGAUGAGGCAUAAAGUAUGGGAGCGCACAGGUGCUCAUAAAAACAAGAACCCAAACUCCACCUCAGGAAAACAAAGAUUCUUUAUAUAUGUCAUCUCAGACUUUAUUUUCUAAGCUAAGGAUACAAACUAAAGUGGAAUGAUACUUUUGAAAAGAAAUUAAAAUUUUCAUCAAGAUUGAGCUCUUUGAGAGCUAUGCUCUUUUUUUCUUGCUUAGGAACCUGGAUGAAUAAAACUAAAGUAAUAUUUCCUACAUGGAGAGUAGUUGUUUUUCCUGCUUUAGAUUGUUCUUGUACUCAUCCCCCAAAUUUCAAGCACGUGAGUUAGUGCUAGGAUUUUCUUCAUAGAUAUACUUAAAGUGGUUAUUAAAUGAAGAUCAUAUUUAAACCCACAUCAACGUUCCACCUCAAAAAUGUAACAAAACACAUUUUUCAUAUCUGGGCUAUUUAGAUUAACUCAAUAUGUAAACAAAAUUGGAGUGUUUUGUGGAAAAAAAAAAAAACCUUGCAUCCUUUUGCAAUCAGUCAAUAUUUUUUUAUAGAACAUAGGGGAGGUUUCUUAAAUUUCUUCUUACUUGAGUUAUGCUUAGUCAGGAUCACAAUAACUUCAUGUAGCUAUAAAAUCUGUGAUUUGAUAAGAUCUUAGUUGAAGGAAUAGUUUGUAAGGUGUACCUCUGAGGGGAUCUCCUGCUGUCUGUGCCAUGUCGCACCUUUACUGUAGUGGUGUGGGAGUUACCCUGAUUUUUUUUUUUCUUGGACACUACAAAACUCUAUUUUGAUGAGAUUUAACACUUCCCUCUAUUUCAGUUUCGGUCCUAAAAGUAAACAUAUGGGACAAGGAUGGAUGUGGUAAUACCGAUGUUGUUUGGAGAGUGGCUACAUUUACAUAAAGCUUGCUCAGGAAAUUCUAGAAGUUCUAACCCAGUGACCUCUUCGUUAGAAAAUCCAGGUAGAAGAUCUGUGAAGGCAGCAGCAUCAACAAUAAAACAAAGGAGAAAUCCAUUUAAUUCCAUAUUAUCAAGUGAUAACUUGAACAGCGGAGAAUCAGAAAGCAGACAAGCCAUUCUACCUCAGCUAUCAAAUAAGGAUAUUGAAGAAAUUUUGUUACCUUCAGAGGAGAGCCAGUCGAAAGCAAACUUACUAAAUGAUGGAAUGGAGACAUCUAAGAAACCUUCUGAAGAACCUGCUGAGGAAUCACAGAAAGGACCGGUUGAGCGUCCCGUCCCCAAAGCUAGAAAAUUAGUUCACAAAGUAACCAAUCCUGUGCCACAGGGAGAAGACUUUUUUCCCAAACCAGCAAAACGGACCCAGGGGGUUAAUGGCAUUGGUGCACUGCCCAGGGGCAUUCUGAAGCGCAGUUCAAGUUCCAGUUCCACUGACUCAGAAGCUCGGGCUAAUCACAUGUUCGAUGUUCAGAGUAAGAACAGUAUUCCUACCAUAUCUAUUUUAGAAGGGGAAACUGACAGGAAUUCUCUUACAGAAGAAGCAGAAGAUUCCACGCAAAUUUCACUGGAAAAAUUAAAACAAGUGAGGUUCUCUUCUAGCAUAGGAAAAGAAGAACCUUUGCAAAGCCCACGGCUACAUCAUGGAAGAGAAACACGAGAGUCUGAUUUGUUAAAAUCUGGUGAAGUGAAGACUAGGGAAAAUGAUGCUAAUAGAUCAGAUUCUUGUAAGAAUAAACAAACUUACACUGGAAAGCCUCUGGAAACCUAUUCAUCAUCUCUCCAAGUGAGAACAAUAGAUAGUUUACAAGAAGAUACGUCGGCAUCCAGUCCUAAUGGCACUAAUGAGUCAGUCUCCCUUGUUAAUCAAACACUGCAGACAAAGACCAUUACUCCUAAGAAACUUGAAACUCCAGAGAAGGCCUCCACCAAUAUUCUGCCAAAGAACAAAAAUGAACAGAAUGUUGACCAAACAUGUGAAAAUAACUCCAAGUCUUUGAGCCAUGAAUCAAAGUCUCUCAAAAACUUUACUGAUGAACAUCUGCUUUCUGCUGAGACAAAACCACAAGAACUGUCAGAUAUAAAUUCUGCAGGUCUUCAACAAGGUAAGCCUGAUCUUGUUGAGGAACGAGAUGCUAAAACCGCUUUCAAGCCUGACAAGCAUGGUGCUGAAAUUGUGGAAGUGGCUGAUGACUCUGUAUCAGAAGUCUUAGAUUGGUUUGAAAGAAGUUCUGGUACUGAAGAUAGGAAAAUUGAAUCAGCCAGAUCCCAAGGUGGGGAGCUCAAAGAAGUGAACUUUACAACCAGAACAGUUCUUCCCACAGAGCACAGUGGAACUAGCGUGGAUAGAAAAAUGCAGGUUAGAGAAGAGUUACUGUAUGGAAAGAAUAAACAACUGAAUGCUAUUUCACCCACCACAUUUAUUUCAGAAGACAUACAACUGAUAAAAGAGAGGAGGAAACCUAAGCACGGUAAAGAGAAUGAGGAUCAAAAUGAGAAAUGCCUCAGUGAGCUUGACUACACAGGAAUUGAAGCGAAAGAAUCUGAUGAAGAAAUCAAGCAACAAAAUAAAAUAAAUGUCUUGAAACAUCAUGAACACGUGUUACCAGCUCAGAAAUGUGUAUUGGAAAAGGCAAUAAGAGCAAAAAGAAGAAUUAGGGAAAUUAGAGCAUUUUGGGAAAGGCAGGAAACUAUCCCCAGUCAUGGAGAGAAAGAAGUUGGUAUCCAUAUUAAUACAUCAGGUGGUGGUGCAAUAGAAGGUCUCAAAGAAAGCGACAAAAUAAAACCAACUGCACUAUACUUACCUUAUGGAUUAGAUGAUCAGAGCAAGAGUACAUUAAGUGCUGAAUUAAGAUGUGCAAUCCAGGCUUCAAAAAAUGGAAAUCAAAACUCUUCUGAGUUUGGAUCAGGCCAUGCUGUUAAAAAAACAGAAAGACCACUUCCAUAUGAGGGUAAAGUUAACGAACAUACAAAAUUGACAAGAGACAGUGUCUUGCAGUCAGGAGUUGGUGUCACUUCAGCUUCCCCAAAAAUCAAAGAUAAUGAUGGGAAAGAAACAUUUAAAGGAAAAGUUGCUGCUUUUUCCCAACAGAAGUCCAGUUUUCAGGCUUUGUCUUUUGAAGAGAAGAGUAAUGAGAUAUCCAAGAAUCAAAUUUCAAGUCCUUCACAGUUUCAGAGUCUGAGAAACUUUUGGGAUACUAGAGUUAAGUUACAAAAUAGCAUUGAUAGGGAAGAUGUUUCUUCUCCAAAUAAUGCUAUUCGUAAUAAUACUUUUAUAACCUAUGGCAGAAAUGCAGAGAAAGGUAAGGGCAGAGAUAAUGUGAGCAAACAAGAGUUAAGCCAACAUCAAACACAAGCAUCUGAGGAAGAAAAAACAGGGAAAUUAGAUUCUGUGGCAUGCAAACCGCCUGUGGGAUUUCUUACUUUUAGAGGUUUGAGUGUGACACCCACAGAAGGUAAAGACACUGUCCAGCUGGUCAAAAAGCCAAUCAUUUCUCAACCCCAUGAAAAUACAGGUCUUCAAAGGCAAGAAGUUAAAGAACACAUAGAUAAAAAUAUUGUUUCGUCAAAAGAACAUCCUCCCAGACGUUCUCAGAGGUACUCUGAGCAAAACCUUCCCAGAGAAAUCAUUGCAUAUCAACCUUCUGAAUUAGGUGUAGGGAUGAAAACGAUUGAUACUGUGAAUAAUACAGCACAAACUAAUUGUAGUGUAGAUUCAACAUGCCACCAAGAUACUGGUCUGUCUGAAGAUAUCAUCAAGACAACAGAAAAGUCUCUUGCCCCCUCCAAGGUCAAUGGCUUGAGCCUAGAAAACCUGGUAAGGGAAGUCUCUGAAACUCCAUCUCCUAACCCAAGACAUGCAGACAGUGCAGGACAGAGGAUUGCUGAAAUGCAAGCUAAAAACACCAAGUAUGAGCAAUAUGAAGAGUCACUGCAAGAAAUCAGUGAGACUGUUGAGAAGUCUGUUGCUCCCUCUAAGGUCAGCAGCUUGAGUUCUUCUCUAGAGAAACUGCUGAAGGAGGCUUCUGAAACACCACCUCCUAAACCAAGACGUGUGGAUGUGGCAGUACAGAGGACUGCUGAGAUGGAAGUUAAAAACACUGCCUGUCAGCAUGAUGGAGAAUCACUUCAAGAAAUCAUUGAGACUAUAGAGAAAUCUAAUGCCCCUACUAAGGUCAGUGGCUUAAGUUCAGCUCUGGAAAAGCUGCUAAAGGAGGCCUCUGAAACACCACCUCCUAAACCAAGGCGUACAGUACUGAGGACUGCUGAAAUGCAAGCUAAAAACACAAAGUAUCAGCAAGAUGAAGAGUCACUGCAAGAAAUCAGUGAGACUGUUGAGAAGUCUGUUGUUCCUUCCAAGCUCAGUAGAUUGAGUUCUUCUCUAGAGCAGCUGCUGAAGGAGGCUUCUGAAACACCACCUCCUAAACCAAGACGUGUGAACAUGACAGUGCAGAGGACUGCUGAGAUGGAAGUUAAAAACACUGCCUGUCAGCAUGAUGGAGAAACACUGCAAGAGAUCAGUGAGACCAUUGAGAAGUCUAUUGCCCCCUGUAGGGACAAUGGCUUGAGUUCUUCUCUAGAAAAGCUGCUGAAGGAGGCUUCUGAAACACCACCUCCUAAACCAAGGCGUAUGGAUGGCACAGUGCAGAGGACAGCUGAUAUGCAAGUGGGAAACAUGUCCUGUCAUCAGAGUGGUGAGUUGCUGCAGGAAACAUCUGCACUGUCUGAGGCUAAAAGUAAAGCACUGGAUGUUAAUUUCCAGAAGGUACUGAGAGAUGUCUGUGAAACACCAGCUUCUACGCUGGAAAAUAUGGAUAAGAAAAUGCAAAGUAAAAUACCAACUAGUCAAAGUAUGUGUAUGGCACGUCAAGAAGAAGGAGAUCACCCUCAAGAAAUACAAGAAACGAUAGAAAAAACUACUGUUUCAAAUAGUGAAAAAUUCAAAGAAUUCAGUAGCUCAUUGGAAAAACUUCUUCAAGAAGCAUCUGAAGCUUCAUCUCCAAUAUCCAAAGCAUUAAGUAAACAAGAGAAGUUUGGGAAUAGGGUGUUUCCACCACAAACAAAGACUCUAUCUGUGACAGUGUCACAGCCUUAUGAUAAUGCUGUAUGUAGCUGUCAUAAACAGAAGACAGCUAUCAAGAGUGGAGUUCCAGAACAAAAUGUAAAAGCUUCUGUAGAUGAUCUCGUAACUCCUGAAGUGUCUGAGCUCCUUAAAAUAGAUGGGGCUACUAUUAAAGAAGAACAGAGAAACACACCUGCAAUAGAUCUUCCUUCCUUGCAAGGAGAGACCAAUACAGUGAUCAAGUCAUUCAAGAUAAAUGAAGUAGGAAGGAAAGGUGAGAGCACAUUCUUGGAUGCUUCUGAAGAUAAUUCACAAUUAAAAGAACUGUUGAAAUUGAGAAGAACAAGCACACCUCUUAAAGAUGAGAGCAGUUCUCCUCAGCUGGAAGGAGCUCAGUUCAGCCUGGCCUUUCAGCGUGAAGAUAAUGAUGAAGAAAAUGGUGACAGCUUGAAUUUUGGAUCCCAGCUUUCAGAUGAAAACUCUGAUUAUUAUUCUGGAACCGGAAGUUCGACUCGUUCAGAAGAAGAGUUAAAUCCUGUUUUGAUGGCUUUGAAAAGGAGUGCAGAUAGGAAAAUGCCUUCCAAAAGUCUAGAGGACAUUCCAUCAGCUACCUCAAAUAAAGGAAAAAUAAAUAUUCCAAAGGAAGAAUUAGCUCUUAGUGCUGAAGAUGGUCUGAAACCUGAUCAGCAUCAAGUGAGGAAUGAAAAUGGAGCAGGAAUCUCCACAGUGCCUUCACAGCCUGAUAAGCCAUUUUCCAACCCUGAAAAAGUCAAAGGACUGAGCAAGUCAGUACCAUCAUUCCUACAGGAAGAGAGUGAUGAAAGAGAGACAGAUACAGCAUCAGAAAGCAGUUAUUCCUUUGGCAGAAUCAAGAAGAGUCCCAGCUCUCUAACCAAUCUUAGCGGUUCUUCUGGCAUGGCCUCCUUAUCCUCUGUGAGUGGAAGCUUAAUGAGUGUCUAUAGUGGAGACUUCGGCAGUGUCGAUGUGAAGGGGAACAUUCAGUUUGCUAUUGAUUACGUAGAACAACUGAACGAACUCCACAUUUUCAUUUGCCAAUGUAAAGACCUGGCAGUUGCAGAUGUCAAGAGACAGCGGUCAGACCCGUAUGUGAAGACCUACUUGCUUCCAGAGAAAUAUAAGCUGGGCAAACGGAAGACCUCAGUGAAAAAGAAAACUUUUAAUCCAGUCUUCAAUGAAAUACUGCGGUACAAAAUUGAGAAAGAUCUCCUAAAGAACCAAAGCCUUAAUAUCUCUGUCUGGCACAAUGAUACCUUUGGGAGGAAUAGCUUCCUUGGUGAAGUGGAGCUGGAUUUAGGAACUUGGGACUGGAAUGAUAAAUCCAACAAGCAGAUCAACUGGUUUCCACUCAAGCCUAGGACUUCAGCAAUGGCUUUUGAACUAGAAAACAGAGGGGAGAUGAAACUAGCCCUCCAGUAUGUUCCACAACCUGUUGGAGGAAAGAAGAUCCCGUCCACUGGUGAGGUCCACAUCUGGGUGAAGGAAUGCCGUGAUCUUCCUCUUCUGAGGGGCAACAGACUCAACUCUUUUAUUAAGUGUACAAUUCUUCCAGAUACCAGCAGAAAAAGUCGCCAGAAAACAAGAACGGUGUCAAAAACUACAAACCCAGUAUUCAACCAUACCAUGGUCUAUGAUGGCUUUAGACCAGAAGAUUUGAAAGAAGCCUGCGUAGAACUCACAGUCUGGGAUCACAACAAACUUGUCAACCAUUUUCUGGGAGGUCUCAGGAUAGGCCUUGGAACAGGCAAAAGUUAUGGAACUACAGUGGACUGGAUGGAUUCUACUUCAGACGAAUCUGCCCUGUGGGAGAAGAUGAUAAAGUCGCCCAACACAUGGGUGGAAGAUACACUACCUCUCAGGAUGCUUAUGGUUGCAAAACUGACAAAAUAAGGGCUUUCUGAUUGCUAGCAGCAAAAAGAAUUCUUGGGAAUGGAAUCAAAAGGUGUGGUGGUGAAGCUUGGAAGAGGAGCACAGUAGCUCCUUUUAUAGUCUGUGUUCUGUGGCUGUUCUGUUUCUCUGCUAUCAAGUGUCACUUCAUAUUUCAAGUUACACUUCUGCCUGCAGAUCUAUGCAAAUUAAAGGGCUAGUUCUUCUUCACUGAAAAUAUACUCAAGUAAGAAUGCACCUAGCAAUUGAGAGGUAGAGGAGUCUGUGAUACCUGAAUGCUUGUGUUGCCUAAUUUAAGUGUUGCUUAUUCCUUAAAUCUAAAUUGCUGGCCAAAAAAACAAAAGGAAAAGCAAGUAAACUUGGCACUUCCUGGAUUGUUUGUGAAGUGUUUUAAUGACUCAUUAGCAACAGGUGGCAUUUUGUUCAUGCUUCUCAGCAUCCCUCUACAGCUGAAUCCUCAUUAUGCUACAUUGGAUCUCUCCAGCAAGGACUGUGCAGAAUGCUUUUUUUUAAAUAAGUCCCUUUACCUGUGGUUGUACUUUUAUAUGGUAUAAAGUUGCUUCUAUAACGGAAGAAGCACUACAUGAAGUGGAACUGUUGACAUCUUAUUCUGCAAGGUGCAGAGGACUCUUAAUUCCAGUUUACUAGGAAAAACUAAGUUUAUAAAGUUUGCUUAUACAUUUGUUCAUCACCUUGCUAAUAAAUCAACAUUACUUUUAAAUAUUGAAGGCACUGGAGUCAAACUUGUUCAUUCAAAUGCUACUCUAAAGGAUCUAUACUUGCCAGUUUUAAUGAUGAUUAAAGUAUUGGGUAUUUAUUUUGUAAAGUGUACUCAUUAUCUGUACCUGCAUCUGUCAGCUUGUUUUGCCAAAAUCAUUUCUCUGUUCUUCAGCGCCACCGUUAGGAGAACGCUGGGAUUAUGGCUGGUCCUGGUUUAAAGAGCUCUGCAGCACAUGAAAUGGGACAGGGAUUUGUCACUUGUGGAAACGCAUGCCACUAAGGGAAGAUAAAUGCAUAAAACACAAAGGGUAUUACUUAAAAAAAUAAUAAUAAAAUCAGCCUUAAAUGGAAUUAAAUCUAAAUAAGGA